AAUUUCAUCAUCAGGAGAGGGAUAGCCCAUCUGCCACAGUAUGAGGCAAACACUGUGAAAUGCCAGUCCAGUGCCAGGCGAAGAGAACAUUGUAGAGGCAGUGCAGCUGUUGGCCAGGAGGAAGGGAGUGACCCACAAGUUGUCCGUAGUAACCAAUGAAAUGAGCUUCAGCAGGAAUUGAACAACCAGACCUCACCGGGAGUAACCUCUGCAUUGCUCCCAGUGCCACACCAUCAGAUACAGGAGCUGGGCAUUCAGCCCAUCGAGUCUGCUGUGCCAUUCAGUGAAAUCAUAGCUAAUCUAAUGAUCCUUGACUCCAGAUUACUAUGUUUUCCUCAAAACUCUUGAUACCCUGACUAAUUAAAAGUCUGUCUGUCCUAGCCUUGAAUAUACUCAACGACCCAACUUCAACAGCUCUCUGCAGUAAAAAAAUUCCACAGAUUUACAUCCUUCAGAGAGAAGAAAUUCCUCCUCAUCUCUGUCUUAAAUGGAAAACCUUUAUUCCGGGAUGAAAGCCUCUGGUCCUAGAUGUUCCCACCAGGGGAAACAGCUUCUUUAACCCUGACAGGUCCCCUCAGGAUCUUACAUGUUUCAGUAAGGUUGCCUGGGAACCUUCUCUGGACUGCCUCCAAUGCCAGUCUCUCUUUCCUUAGAUAAGGGACUCAAGACUGUUGACAGUAUUCCAGCCAGGGGUCUGACUGUACCUUGUACAGUUUUAGGACAUUAGUGAGAGUGGAAAGAGAAGAUGAGGGAGGUCAGUGCACAGGGUACAGGAACAAAGCUUCAGAUACUUUGCUAUUGGAACUGGUGCUGGAGUUGGAGGGACAGAGGAGUAGGCUUCACCUCAGCAGUGCCAGAAAUCAUUAACUUGACUCUCAAUCUUUGAGAUCGGACCUUAGCUGCGGAACAUUGGCUGGAAUUUGUGGAAUUGUUGAGGCCUGAGCUGCUCGGGCGAUUGGACAAUGACGCCGCUGGGACCACUUCUCCUGUUGGGUUUUAUAUCUGGACACCUGACAUUGACAAGAUCAGCCAAGAUCCUGACUGUUGUCCUGGUCGGAGGGAGCCAUUACCUGCUGUUUGAUGAAAUUUCUCACAUCCUUCAUGAGAGUGGGCACAACGUGAGCAUGUUGGUGCAACUUGGCAACCCCAGGAUCAAAGGUGUCAACUACACAGGGAGAAACAACAGUUACCGAGUUAUAUCCUGGUCAGCAAAUGAGGAAUACAUUUCGAGCUUCAACAGUUGGUUCCUGGAGCAGCAGAAAUCAUUCUUUGAGGGGAGUGAAUCUCUGAGUACGUUUCUGAAAUUUAUGGGCCAUUUAGCUCUGCAGUGUGAGUUGAUCCUGGGUGACACCAGUCUGAUGGAUUCCUUAACCGCUGAGCAGUUUGAUAUUGUGCUGAUCGAUGCAUUCAAUCCCUGUUCAUUCCUGGUGGCAGAAAAGCUGCGAGCCCGGUUUCUGGCUGUGCACGUGUCGAACUUCUGGAGUUGGUAUCUGGCCGGUCUGCCCAGUCCCAUAUCAUAUGUUCCUGCAGCUCGCUCAAUGCUCUCUGAUCGGAUGGGAUUCUGGGAGAGACUGAAGAAUUCUGCCAUGUUCCUGGGCUCUUGGCUAACAGAGAGAAUGCUGUACUCCCAGUUUGAUCAUACUAUCAGGAAGUGCUUCCCACCGGGAUCACAGCCUGUUCUCUCAGAGCUGUACCUGAAGGCUGAGCUGUCAAUCUAUAACACUGACUUCACCCUGGAUUUCCCAAGGCCACUGCUUCCUAAUGUAGUCUACGUUGGAGGGUUGCUUUCAAAACCAGCGAGACCGCUCCCCCAGGACCUGGAAGAUAUCAUCUUGACAGCAGGAGACGAAGGCUUUAUCGUGGUGACUUUUGGUUCGAUGCUUGCCUCGGUCAACCUGCCAGUGGUGCUGGAGCAGAUCAAUGCUGCCUUCUCACAGCUCCCACAGCUGGUUAUCUGGAGGCACCUGCACACUCAUUGGCCAAGUGGGGUCCUUCCAGCUCAGAACGUCAAGCUUGUGGAUUGGCUGCCUCAGAAUGACCUGCUUGGUCACCCAAAGACUCGUCUCUUGGUGACCCACGGUGGCCUGAACAGCCUGAUGGAAGCUGUGUACCAUGGAGUGCCCGUGAUCGGAAUCCCGCUGUUUGGAGAUCAGUUUGAUAACAUGGUGAGAGCAGAGGCAAAAGGGUUUGGUCUGACCGUCCAAGUGAACCAGCUGCAGGCUCUGGGCAAUGCCAUGGCGACAGUUAUAGAAGACAAGCGGUACAAGGCUUCAGCAUUGACCCUAAGCCACAUUCAUCGCUCACAUCCGUUCCCUCCUCGGCAGCGGCUAGUUCAAUGGGUGGACCAUAUUGUGCAGCAUGGAGGGCGUCACCUUCGACCGUUUGGCUUGGAUCAGCCCUGGUACCAGCAGUACCUCCUCGAUAUUAUCCUGUUUUCCCUGGCCAUUGUUUCUCUGGCAGUUUACAUUGUCACCCAUUUGCUGAAGUUUGCAGUGGGCUAUCUGUGCAGUGGAGGGAAACUGAAAGUGGCUUAAAGUGGCUUGAUCACUGUUAAUGAACUCCAAACCUUUUCCAAAUUUUUGACCUAAAUUUCAAUUUCAUUUUGAUGCCAUUUUAUAGCGCACUGUUACAAUUUAAUGAAAUAUGUUUAAAUUUUGUUACAGCUGAUUGUAAUGUGAAUUCCUUACCUGGGAACACACAGUGAAUUCUAACCCCUGUGUCUCUCUUACAAAUGGGGGAGGUUUAGAAUCAUAGAAUCCCUACAGUGUGGAAACAGGCCCUUUGGCCCAACAAGUCCACACUGACCCGCAGAGCAUCCCACCCAGACUCAUCCCCCUAAUUUAUACCUCCCUGAACACUACAGACAAUUUAACGUGGCCAGUCCAUGUAACCUGCAUAUCUUUGGACUGUGGGAGGAAACCGGAGCACCCGGAGAAAAUCCACGCAGACAUGGGGAGAAUGUGCAAACUCCAAGUUAGUAGGUUAAGUUAGUAAAUUUGCAGACGACACUAAGGUCGGUGGAGUUGUGGAUAGUGACGAAGGAUGCUGUAGGUUGCAGAGAGACAUAGAUAAGCUGCAGAGCUGGGCUGAGAGGUGGCAAAUGGAGUUUAAUGCAAACAAGUGUGAGGUGAUGCACUUUGGUAGGAGUAACCGAAAGGCAAAGUACUGGGCUAAUGGUAAGAUUCUUAGUAGUGUAGAUGAGCAGAGAGAUCUCGGUGUCCAUGUACACAGAUCCUUGAAAGUUGACAGGGCUGUUAAGAAGGCAUACAGUGUUUUAGCUUUUAUUAAUAGAGGGAUCGAGUUCCGGAACCAAGAGGUUAUGCUGCAGCUGUACAAAACUCUGGUGCGGCCGCACUUGGAGUAUUGUGUACAGUUCUGGUCACCGCAUUAUAAGAAGGAUGUGGAAGGUUUGGAAAGGGUGCAGAGGAGAUUUACUAGGAUGUUGCCUGGUAUGGAGGGAAGGUCUUACGAGGAAAGGCUCAGGGACUUGAGGCUGUUUUCAUUAGAGAGAAGAAGGUUGAGAGGUGACUUAAUUGAAACAUAUAAAAUAAUCAGAGGGUGAGAUAGGGUGGAUAGGGAGAGCCUUUUUCCUCGGAUGGUCACGGCAAGCACGAGGGGGCAUAGCUUUAAAUUGAGGGGUGAAAGAUAUAGGACAGAUCCACUGAUGUUUGUCAUUUUUAUAAAUGACUUGGAUGAGGCCGUAGAAGGAUAGGUUAGUAAAUUUAUGGAUGACAAUAAAGUCGGUGGAGUUGUGGAUAGUGCGGAAGGAUGUUGCAGGUUACGGAGGGACAUAGAUAAGCUGCAGAGCUGGGCUGAGAGGUGGCAAAUGGAGUUUAAUGUGGAAAAGUGUGAGGUGAUUCACUUUGGAAGGAGUAACAGGAAUACUAAUGGUAAGAUUCUUGGUAGUGUGGAUAAGCAGACAUGUCGGUGUCCAUGUGCGUAGAUCCCUGAAAGUUGCCACCCAGGUUGAUAGGGUUGUUAAGAAGGUGUACGGUGUAUUAGGUUUUACUUGUAGAGGGAUUGCGUUUCAGAACCAACAGAUCAUGUUGCAGCUGUACAAAACUCUGGUGCGGCCACACUUGGAGUAUUGCGUAUAGUUCUCGUCGCCGCAUUAUAGGAAGGAUGUGGAAGCAUUGGAAAGGGUGCAGAGGAGACUUACCAGGAUGUUGACUGGUAUGGAAGGAAGGUCUUAUGAGGAAGGCUGAGGGGCUUGAGGCUGCUUUCGUUAGAGAAAGAAAGGUUAAGAGGUGACCUAAUAGAGACAUACAAGAUGAUCAGAGGAUUAGAUAGGGUGGACAGUGAGAGCCUUUUUCCUCGGAUGGAGAUGGCUAGCAUGAGGGGACAUAGCUUUAAAUUGAAGGGUGAUAGAUAUAGGACAGAUGUCAGAGAUAGGUUCUUUACUCAGAGAGUAGGGUAUGGAAUGCCCUGCCAGCAACAGUAGUAGACUCACCAAGUUUAAGGGCAUUUAAAUGAUCAUUGGAUAAACAAAUGGAUAAUAAUGGAAUAAUGUAGGUUGGGUGGGCUUCAGUUUGGUUUCACAGGUCGGUGCAACAUUGAGGGCCGAAGGGCCUGUACUGCGCUGUGGUGUUCUAUGUUCUAUGUCAGAGGUAGUUUCUUUACUCAGAGUAGUAAGGGAAUGGAACGCUUUGCCUGCAACGGUAGUAGAUUCGCCAACUUUAGGUACAUUUAAGUCGUCAUUGGAUAAGCAUAUGGACGUACAUGGAAUAGUGUAGGUUAGAUGGGCUUGAGAUCGGUAUGACAGGUCGGCACAACAUCGAGGGUUGAAGGGCCUGGACUGUGCUGUUAUGUUCUAUGUUCUAUGUUCCACACAGACAGUCUCCGGAGGGUGGAAUUGAACCCAGGUCCCUGGGACUGUGAGGCUGCAGUGCUAACCACUGAGCCACCAUGCUACCUGUGAACCAUUUGAAAAUUUUCUAGGAAAUGCAUAAACUGACAGAAGCAAAUUAUUUUACAAAAUCAGUUGAAUUGCCUAUUUUACAAAAUUAGGUCCGGUGGACCAGUUAGAGUAACUCAAGGCUACAUUCAACCGAGUGUGGCAUCAAGGAGCCCGAGCAAAACUGGAAUCAAUGGGUGUCAGGGGCAAACUGUCCAGUGGUUGGAGUCAUACCGGGCACAUGGGAAGGUGGUCAUGGUUGUUGGAGAUCAGUCAUCUCAACUCCAGGGCAUUUUAGGUUACAAUGGGACAUUGAUAGGAUGCAGAGCUGGGCUGAGAAGUGGCAGAUGGAGUUUAAUCCUGAAAAGUGUGAGGUGAUUCAUUUUGGAAGGACAAACUUGAAAGCAGAAUACAGGGUUAAUGGAAAGAUUCUUGGCAGUGUGGAGGAGCAGAGGGAUCUUGGGGUACAUGGUCAUAGUUCCCUGAGAGCUGCCACCCAGGUGGAUACAGUUGUUAAGGCGUAUGGUGUGUUAGCUUUCAUUAAUAGAGGGAUCGAGUUCAAGAGCUGUGAAGUUAUGCUCCAGCUGUACAAAAGCCUGGUUCGACCACAUCUGGAGUAUUGUGUCCAGUUCUGGUCACCUCAUUACAGGAAAGAUGCGGAAGCAUUGGAAAAAGUAUAGAGGAGAUUUACCGGGAUGUUGCCUGGAAUGGAGGGAAGGUCUUACGAGGAAAGGUUAAGAGAGCUAGGGCUUUUCUCUCUAGAACGAUGACGGAUGAGAGGUGACUUGAUAGGUGUUCCAAAUGAUCGGAUGUAUAGAUUGAGUGGACAGCCAGAGACGUUUUCCUAGGUUGAAGGUAGCUAUUACUGAGCGGGCAUAGUUUUAAAGUGAAAGGAGGUAGAUUUCGGGGUGACGUCAGAGGUAGGUUCUUUACUCAGAGAAUGGUCGGGGCGUGGAAUGCAUUGCCGGAGAGGGUAGUGGAGUUGGCCUCAUUAGGGGCAUUUAAGCGGCUAUUAGAUAGACAUAUGGAUGAUGGUAUAAGGUAGGGGUGGAGGUUAGAUAGACCUUAGGUUUAGGGUAAAAGUUCGGCACAACAUCGUGGGCCAAAGGGCCUGUACUGUGCUGUACUUUUGUAGGUUCUCUAUCUGUAGGAGUUCCUCAGGGAGUGUCCACAGCCCAACCAUCUUCAGCUGCUUCAUCAAUGACCUUCCCUCCACCAUAAGGUCAGAAGUGGGGAUGGUCGCCGAUGAUUGCAUAAUGUUCAGCACCGUUGGUGACUCCUCAGAUACUGAAGCGGCCUGUGUUCAAAUGCAACAAGAUCUGGACAAUGUCCAGGCUUGGGCUGACAAGUGCCAAGUAACAUUCGUGCCACACAAAUGCCAGGUUAUGACCAUCACCAAUAAGAGACAAUCUAACCACUGCCCAUAGACAUUCAAUGGUGUUACCAUCACUGAAUUCCCCCCACUAUCAACAUCCUGGGGUUACCAUUGACCAGAAACUCAACUGGACCCACCACAUAAACACAUUGACUACAAGAGCAGGCCAGAAGCUGGGAAUACUGCAGUGAGUAACUCACCUCCUGACUCCCCGAAGCCUGUCCCACCAUCUACAAGGCACAAGUCAGGAGUGUGAUGGGAUACUCCCCACUUGCCUGGAUGGGUGCAGCCCCAACAACACUGAAGAAGCUCGACACCGUCCAGGACAAAGCAGCCGCUUGAUUGGCACCACAUCCACAAGGAUCCCCUCCCCCCACCACCGACACUCAGUAGCAGCAGUGUGUACUAUCUACAAGAUGCACUGCAGAAAUUCACCAAAGACCCUCAGGCAGCACCUUCCAAACACUCAACCGCUUCCAUCUAGAAGGACAAGGGCAGCAGAUACAUGGGAACACCACCCCCUGUAAGUUCCCCUCCAAACCACUCACCGUCCUGACUUGGAAAUAUAUCCCCGUUCCUUCACUGUCACUGGGUCACAAUCCUGAAAUUCCCUCCCUAAGGGCAUCGUGGGUCAACGUACAGCAUAGGGACUUCUCAAGGACAACUAGGGAUAGGCAGUAAGUGCUGGCCAAGCCAACAACAGCCACGUUCCAUGAUUAAGUUAAAAGGUAAGUUCAGUUUGAGAAUGAAAAAUCUGGGUUUUGAACAAAUGUGCUCGGGUCACCAAAGGUUAUUUACCAAUGGAAUGAGGACAGAGCUGCUGGAAUGGACUGGGAAAGAUGACUAGCAGGAAAGAUGGUUGAGAAGCAAUGGUAGACAUUUGUUUGUGGCUCAGAGCAGAGACAUAUUCCAGGAAAGAGAUACAUUUCUAAGAGGAGUCACUUUGGUGAGCUAGGUAAGGGCAAAGUAAGAUUCUUUUAUCUUUCUUAGUGAAAAGGGGCAGAGAAGGCAGUGGUGUGCUCCUCCUGCCUGAUGUGGGAGGUCAGGGAGCAGUCUACUGUUCCUGAUGACUGUAUCUGCAGGAAGUGAGGGAGGUCAGGGAGCAGUCUACCGUUCUUGAUGACUGUAUCUGCAGGAAGUGUGGGAGGUCAGGGAGCAGUCUACUGUUCCUGAUGACUGUAUCUGCAGGAAGUGUGGGAGGUCAGGGAGCAGUCUACUGUUCCUGAUGACUGUAUCUGCAGGAAGUGUGGGAGGUCAGGGAGCAGUCUACUGUUCCUGAUGACUGUGUCUGCAGGAAGUGUGGGAGGUCAGGGAGCAGUCUACUGUUCCUGAUGACUGUAUCUGCAGGCAGUGUGGGAGGUCAGGGAGCAGUCUACUGUUCCUGAUGACUGUAUCUGCAGGAAGUGUGGGAGGUCAGGGAGCAGUCUACUGUUCCUGAUGACUGUAUCUGCAGGAAGUGUGGGAGGUCAGGGAGCAGUCUACUGUUCCUGAUGACUGUAUCUGCAGGAAGUGUGACCAGCUGCAGCUCCUCACAGACUGCAUGGUUCAGCUGGAGCAGCAGUUGGACACAUUGAGGAGCGUACAGGGGGCUGAGAGUGUGAUAGACACCAGUUACAGGGAGGUGGUCACACCACAGGUUCAGUCAGGUAGGUGGAUGACCACUAGGAGAGGCAGGAAGGUAAUGCAGGGCUCUCCUGUGGAUAUUCCCUUCUCUAACUGGUAUUCUGUUUUGGAUAAUUUUGGGGAGCAUCUGAGGGGAAUAUAACAGCAGCAGGCAGGUCUGUGGUGCAACUAGCUCUGCUAUAGAGCAGAAUUGGGCAAAGUCCAAACGAGCGAUAGCGGUAGGAGACUCACUAGUCAGGGCUACAGACAGGCAUUCCUGUGGCCAUGUUUAAGCUUCCAGGAUGGUGUAUUGUCUUCCCUGGUGUCAGGGUCAAGGACAUAUCUGAGCAGUUGCAAGAGUUUAUGAGGGGGCGGAGGGGGUGCUGGGGGUGAGCAACCACAAGGUUGUUGUCCACGUCGGUACAAAGAGGGAUGGGGCCCUGCGGAGUGAGUACAGGGAGUUAGGAAAGAGGCUGAGAAAGAGAUCCUCGAGGGUAGUAAUCUCCAGGUAAUGCCCAGUGUCACCUGCCAAUGAGGCAAUGAAUAGAAAGCUAUGUCAGAUGAAUGUGUGGCUAAGGAGCUAAUGCAGGGGACAGGGUUUCAGGUUCUUGGACCAUUGGGACCUCUUCUGGGGCAGGGAUGACGAGCACAUGAGGGAAGGGUGGGACCUAAAAUGGAGGGGAACCAAUAUCCUCACAGAUAGCCUCGCUAGUGCUACUCAGGAGCAUCUAAGUUCAAGUGGCAGGAGGCGGGGGGAACUAGAGCAGUAAGUCAGAAAGGAAGGACAGGCAGAGCCAGGUAAGUCAGGGGCUGAGGUGUGAUUAUUUCAAUGCAAGGAGUAUUAUAGGCAAGUUGAGAGUAGAUUCAAAGAGCUUACAGAGAGACAUUGAUAGGUUAAAUUAGUGGGCAAAGAGUUGAUAAAUGAAGUAGAAUGUGGGAAAAUGUGAAGAUGUUCAUUUUGGAAGGGAGAACAAAAGAACAGAAUAUUAUUUAAUGGAGAGAAACUACAGAAAACUGCAACAGGGACGGACUUGUGUAUGAAACACAGAAAGCUAGCGCACAGGGUGCAGCAGAUAAUCAGGAAUGUUAAUGCAAUGUUGGCCCUUAUUUCGGGGAGUUGGAAUGUAAGAGUAGGGGAAUUCUUACUGUAACUGUACAAGGUGCUAGUGAGGCCACAUCUGGAGCACUGUAAGCAGUUUUAGUCCCUUAUUUAAAGAUAGCUCUCAUUUUAUUGGAGGCAGUUCAGUGAAGGUUCACAGGAUGAUCCCGGAUGUGAAGCAAUUGUCUUAUGAGCAAAGGUUAAACAGGUUGGGAUUCUGCUCACUGGCGAUCUCAUUGAAACAUGUUAGAUUCUUAAGGGGCUUGGGUAAUGUUGUGAUAGACACCAGGUAAAUGUUGUGAGGACAUGUCCCUCAUGGAAGAGGGUAGAAGGCAUAGUCUCAGAAUAAAGGGACACCAGUUGAAGACCAAGAUGAGGGGGAAUUUCUUUUUGCAGGGGCUUGUGAGUGUUUGUAACUCUUUAUCAUAGAGAUCUAUGGGGUUGGUGUCCUUGUGUGUAUUUAAGGCUAAAAUGGAUAGUUUCUGAUCUGUUAGGGAAUCGAGGGUUAAGGGGAAAGGACAAAAAAGUGGAUGAGGAAUGUCAGAUCAGCCACGACCCUAUUGAAUGCCGGAGUAGGUUUGAGGGGCAGAAUAGUUUCCUCCUGUUCCUAUUUCGUAUGGCCUUAAUAAAUCAGGUUUUAGUCUGGAAUCUGACAUCCAGCGAUUACAUCAGCUGGGAUGAUGACACUAGCUUCCUGCAAUGUACACCUAUCACCCACACAGACAAUUUUCCAGUAACCUGCUUCUUUCUUGACCAUGCUGUUAGAAACAUACAUAUUGAUGGAUUACAAAAAUGUAACCAUUGCUAAAAAGAGAUGAGAAGUUGAAGCUCCUUGUAUCACAUUGAUCAAAGUGAGGGUACAAGAAACAGAUGAAAACCUGGAGGAACUGCUUUAUUACAGAAGAGUUGAGCACGCUGACUUGUUGCACCAUAAUUAACAUGGUGAUGCAGCAAGAACAGGUCAUCUCCAAAUUGUACUCGCUGCCCACAUAGGUAGAUGCUGAUUGGGCAGGAUAAAACCUGGGGUGCAGCAGAGGUCAGACCCUUUUUUUAAAAAAGUUGCAAUGAAUAUACAUUUCCCUUUUGCCUACAUAAACAGGAUCUUGUAUAUUUAUGUGCAUAAGUUCCAGCAAGCACCAGUACACACACUAUGAGUCCAGCUAUUGGGUGUCCAGCAUAACUCUUAGCACAGUCUGGAUUAUUUAAUAAAUGAUUUCCAACAGCAGAACAACACCCAAUGUUUUUGAGGCUUGUAAUUUUAGGCUUGUUGAACAUGAUCAGCAUAUGCACAAGUUGCUUUGUUGAGGUUUACUUUUAUUUGAUCAUGGGAUGUUGUUGCUGGUUCUCUACCGUGGUUGCCUAUUCAUAAUUGCCCUUGAGAAUGUGCUGGUGAGCACUGUUCUUGUGGUGAGCAAUGUUCUUGUGGUGAGCAAUGUUCUUGAGCCAUAGCAAGUUCCUGCAGCAUAGACAGAACCACAGAUGUUUUUAUGAAGAGAAUUUUAAGAUGUUCCCUCAGUGACAGAGAAGGAAGCGAUUCACAUCGGGGUGUUGGUUGGAGGGGAAUUUACAGGGGUUGUGUUCCAAGGCAUCUUCUGUCCUUGGCCCUCCAGAUGGCAGAGGUUCCAAAUUUUUAGGGUGUGUUGCUACAGGGCAUCUUGUCAAUGAUACACACUGCUUUCAACUAUGGAAAGAAAUGUGCAUUCUAAAUGGGAUAACAAGGUGUGGAGCUGGAUGAACACAGCAGAGGAGCAGGAAAGCUGACGUUUCGGGCUGAGACCUUUCUGGUCAGCUUUCGUGCUCCUCUGAUGCUGCUUGUCCUGCUGAGUUCAUCCAGCUGUACACCUUGUUAUCUCAGAUUCUCCAGUAACUGCAGUUCCUAGUGUCAGAGAUCAAAAUAAGGAAAGUUAGCAAUAUCAAAGAUUACAAUUUUUUUUUCUGUUGCAGUCGUAUUUAUUGCAAGAAAUGAGAUGAUAAAAUUGAACAAAAGGCAUCCCUUAUCGCAUUUCUGGAUUUUACAAAAGUGACCUUUUAAAUUGAGGAAAAGACAAAAGUAUGUAAUAUUCACAAAGAUCUUGACAAGCGUGGAACCCUCCUAUAAUAUUUUCAAGAUUGAUAUCCUCAUUGUGUACUCUGCCAGUUAGGGGCAAGAACAGAGUGGACUGGACCAUUGAUGAUGUUUAAUUACUCUUUUAUUAGAACAAAGAAAAUUACAGCACAGGAACAGGCCCUUCAGCCCUCCAAGCCUGCGCCGAUCCAGAUCCUCUAUCUAAGUCUGUCGCCUAUUUUCCAAGGAUCUGUAUCCCUCUGCUCCCUGCCCAUUCAUGUAUCUGUCUAGAUACAUCUAAAAUGACGCUAUUGUGCCUGCCUCUACCACCUCCACUGGCAACGCAUUCCAGGCACCCACCACCUUUCCACGCAUAUCUCCCUUAAACUUAUCCCCUCUCUCCUUGAAAUCAUGACCCCCAGUAAUUGAGUCCCCCACUCUGAGGAAAAAGCUUCUUGCUAUCCACCCUAUCUACACCUGCCAUGAUUUUGUAGACCUCAAUCAGGUCCCCCUUCAAUCUCUGUCUUUCUGAUGUAAUCUACGCAACUUCUCUUCAUAGCUAGCGCCCUCCAUACCAGGCAACAUCCUGGUGAACCUCCUCUGUACCCUCUCCAAAGCAUCCACAUCCUUUUGGUAAUGUGGCGACCAGAACUGCACACAGUAUUCCAAAUGUGUGGUCGAACUAAAGUCCUAUACAACUGUAACAUGACCUGCCAACUCUUGUACUCAAUACCCCGUCUAAUGAAUGAAAGCAUGCUGUAUGUCUUCUUGACCGCCCUAUUGACCUGCGUUGUCACCUUCAGGGAACAAUGGACCUGAACACCCAGAUCUCUCUGUGUAUCAAUUUUCCCCAGGGCUUUUCCAUUUACUGUAUAGUUUGCUCUUGAAUUGGAUCUUCCAAAAUGCAUCACCUCGUAUUCUUUAAAAUUCUGUUCUUUAAAAUUCACAAAUGGGACAUGGGUUUCACUGGCUGGGCCCAGCAUUUAGUGCUUAAUUUAGUUGUUCCACUUGAGAAGGUGGCGAUGAGCUGGCUUCUUGAACCGCUGCAGUCCAUGUGCUUUGGAUUCACCAUAAUCCCCUUAAGGGAGGGAAUACCAGGAUUUUGACCCUGUGACAGUGAAGGAACGGGGAUAUAUUUCCAUGUCAGGAUAUUGGGUGGCUUGGAGGGGAACUUAUAGGUGUUGUUGUUCCCAUGUAUCUGCUUUCCUUGCCCCUUCUAGAUGGAAGUGGUCUUGGGUUUGGAAGGUGCUGUCUAAGGAUGUUUGGUGAAUUUGUGGUGCGCAUCUUGAACAUAGAACACACUGCUACUACUGAAGGUGAUCAUUUUAUAUUUGAGCCGAUGUAACAAUUUUCAUUUUGGACUGAAAAAAAUCCAAAUAUUUUCCAGUAUUUAAAAUUGGGUCACCGACUUUAAAAUGAUUUAGUGAAUUUGUUUCUGAAAUAUAUGUUGUAGGGACUAUCCAAUGUUGUGUACUAUAAUGUGUGACUGUAUUUAGGCAGGUCAUGGAGUGCUUGAUCAGGAGUAGACAAAUUAUAGCCCAUGUGUCGCAUCUGUUUCAUUGGAAAUUCUCAUUGCUUUCCACUUAACCAAUUAUUUAAUUCAUUUAAUAUUCAUUUCAAAAGAAACAUCUCAAAACACUAACUCAGUUUCUCUCCUCAGAUACUGCCACAACUGUUGAGUUUCUGUCGCAUUUUCUUUGUUUCAAUUUUCCAGUAUUCUUAGCAUUUUGUUUUCAUUAAAGAAACUUAAAUCAAA